GAACCUGAUUCUAUGGUCGCACGCAUAUUUAAACAUUCCCAUCGCGGGUCAUGGAUGACGAGUGAUCGAAAAGGAAACGACGCGUUGACCACGUGAUGUUACAAACAACGCGAAAUUAGCAGUAAACAAACCGAGUGUCUUGAAAAGGGCGUGGAUUUGGCAAUACACUCUCUUCCAUUGACCACCACCAACACAACCGUCCAAGUCUCUCGGUUGCCCUCAAGCCUCACUGCCACCCAAACUAUCUUCCAAUGGCCCGCACCAAGCAAACCGCUCGCAAGUCCACCGGUGGCAAAGCCCCCCGCAAGCAGCUCGCUGCCAAGUCUGCCCGCAAGACCGCCUCCAACGUCGCUGGUGGUGUCAAGAAGCCCCAUCGUUUCAGGCCCGGAACCGUCGCUCUUCGUGAGAUUAGACGUUACCAGAAGUCCACUGAGCUCUUGAUUCGCAAGCUCCCUUUCCAACGUCUCGUCCGUGAAAUCGCCCAAGACUUUAAGACCGACCUCCGCUUCCAAUCAUCCGCCGUCAUGGCUCUCCAAGAAGCUGCUGAGGCAUAUCUCGUCUCCCUCUUUGAAGACACCAACCUUGCCGCCAUCCACGCAAAGCGUGUGACUAUCCAACCCAAGGACUUGGCUUUGGCGCGUCGUCUCCGUGGCGAGCGCAGCUAAGCAGGAGAAUUUUCGUUUGGGAUGAUCGAGUAAUCCAUGUCGAUUUGUAUAUUUAUCGAUUUAUCAUUUGUCUGUGGAUUAGUGUACACCAUCCAUUGUUUCACCUAUUGAAUGCAGUAUUUAUUGUUGCAUGCCGCAUUUGCCUAUGCUGGUCCUCGAUGAGGGAUGAAUAUGUUGACGUCGUGGGUGAUAAGAGGAGCAG